GCUGCGGGGGAGACGCCGCCGCCGCCGCCGCCUCCCUCCCUCUGAGCGCCAUGGAGCCCCAGCCGCCGCCCGCCGCGGGCGCCGCCGACAGGAGGACGGAGCCCCCGCCCGCUAACGGGUUCGCUCAAGAGCCUUCAGCCGAACAUGACCCGCCCUUCGCUGCAGAUGUUGAGCAGAUGGACACCCCUCCUACCGUGCUUCUCUUGAACACUGGCACCUGUCACCCUCCUCCCCUUCCUCCCGCAGAUGACCGGGUGGAACAGCGCACCUGCCUGAUCUGUGGGGACCGAGCCACGGGCCUCCACUACGGCAUCAUCUCCUGCGAGGGCUGCAAGGGCUUCUUCAAGCGCAGCAUCUGCAACCGGCGGGUCUACCGAUGCAGCCGGGACAGGAACUGCGUCAUGUCUCGCAAGCAGCGCAACCGGUGCCAAUACUGCCGACUCCUCAAGUGCCUCCAGAUGGGGAUGAACCGGAAAGCCAUCCGUGAAGACGGCAUGCCCGGGGGCAGGAACAAGAGCAUUGGGCCUGUCCAGAUCUCCGAGGAAGAGAUUGAGCGGAUCAUGUCCGGCCAGGAGUUUGAAGGGGAGGCCAACCUCUCCUGGUGUAACAAUGGCGACAGCGACAACAGCUCCCCGGGAAACGGGGUGUCGGAAAGCAACCAGCCGUCCCCGGUGUCGACUCCAUCUUCGAGUAGGUCCGUGGAGAUGAACGGGUUUACAGUUCUCAGGGAUCAAUACAUGGGCACCCCGGUGUCCGCCCCUUACCAGUAUUUGCCGCACCUUCUCAGCUGCCCGACUCACACGGCCCUGCUGCCCCCCCAGCCCCGCAGCCUCGACUCCCAGGCCCACGGGCUCCUCAUCAGCCAGCUGGUCUCUGCAGAGGACCUGGAGCCCUUGGGCACCCCGAUGCUGAUUGAAGACGGGUACAGAGUUAGCCAGGCCGAGCUGUUUGCCCUGCUGUGCCGGCUGGCGGAUGAGCUGCUUUUCCGUCAGAUCUCCUGGAUCAAGAAGCUGCCCUUCUUCUGCGAGCUGUCCAUCAAGGACUACACCUGCCUCCUGAGCUCCACCUGGCAGGAGCUCAUCCUUCUCUCCUCCCUCACCGUCUACAGCAAGCAGAUCUUCGGGGACCUGGCGGAGGUGACUGCCAAGUAUUCGCCCUCCGACGAUGAGCUUCACAGGUUCAGCGAAGAAGGGAUGGAAGUUAUGGAAAGACUCAUCUACCUGUACCGCAAGUUCAGCCAGUUGAAAGUCAGCAACGAGGAAUACGCCUGCAUGAAGGCCAUCAAUUUCCUCAACCAAGAUAUUCGGGGCCUGGCCAACGCCUCACAGCUGGAGCAGCUGAACAAGCGAUACUGGUACGUCUGCCAGGACUUCAUGGAGUUCAAAUACCCGCACCAGCCAAGCCGCUUUCCGGAUCUGAUGAUGUGUCUGCCAGAGAUCCGGUACAUCGCAGGAAAAAUGGUGAACGUCCCUCUGGAGCAGCUCCCCCUCCUCUUCAAGGCCGUCUUGCAUUCUUGUAGAGCCUCCAUGAACAAGGAAUGAAGCCGGAGCUCCGUGACGCCCCCUCCAAGACACACAGACACACAUACACCCCAGGAAAGAAUGGAGCAGACGCCCUGCGACUGAGGGACCAUCUCAACCGCUUCCCGCAGGCAGUGGCAAACCUCGCUACCCAGAAUCCUUGGGGAUGAAGGGAAUGUCGUUCCUGCGUCUGGCUGUUUGUCAUUGUGUGUGUGUGUGUGUGUGUUUGUGAAGAGGGGGGGUGAUUUUUUUUUUGCGUGUGCGGUUUUUUCUUUUUCCUCGUUCUUCAUUUUUGACUCAUUUUUCUCUAAUAUUUAUUUCACGACAGAGAUGAAUGUAUGAUUUUUUUUUCAACCCCCAGCACCAUUAUUUUUUCCGCCCCACCCCCACCCCUCACCCGCCCCUCACAAUUUUUGGGUAUGUGGGGGCGUCCCCCUCGCAGUUUACAGAAUGUGAAGAUGUUAGUUACAGUGUUGUUGUUUUUUCGGGGAGGGGGGGGAAUAUUUUUUUUUGUACUGGGGAGGGGAGGGAGUGGGGUGGGGGGUUUGGGCUGAUGACUAAGACUACCUCAAGGAGAAGGUGCUGCCUGCCAUUUCUGCAGCUCACACCUCAAGGGCACAUCCCAGGGGGCCAUUGCCUGUGUCCCCCCACACACACCCCAGCCGUAGCCCACUCCCCUAGAGAAGUGCCAAGCAAUGGGGCAGAGAGAGAGAGAGAGAGAGAUACACACACACACCAGAAUCUUCACAGACACAACCUUUUUUGACACAC